AUGAAGCAUCAACACAACAACCUCUCAAACUCACCUGCAAUCCAAGAAACCCCACCAAGAAUCUUCCCAUGUCUAUUCUGUUCAAGAAAGUUCCAUACCUCUCAAGCUUUAGGAGGCCAUCAAAAUGCCCACAAGAAAGAAAGAACCGCCGCCCGAAAGGCCAAGCGGAUAUCCGAUUACGCACCGUCCGAGUCCCCAUCGCCCUCCUCCUCCUCCUCCUCCUCCUCGGUCUUUGCAGCUACCCACCACCAAACGCAUCAUCCAGGGCCAUACCCACAUCCAAUGUACAUUGCUAAUGCUGCUAAUCUUCAUUGCUUCCCCAAUAAUCCACCUUUGUUCUAUGAACACAUCGGGUACUAUGCUGGGGUUUGUUCAAGCAAUAGAUAUCAUCAUCAAUAUGGGGUUGAAGAUGAACAAAAGGCGUUGAAUUGGCAGAGAAACAUUAAGAAUGAUAACAAAAAACAACAAAAACUUGAUCUUUCCCUUCAUUUAUAG